AUGUGUGCAAAGGAAUACUCAGUUAGUCAAGAGACCUUAGAAGAUGACCUUUUUGAAAAUGACAAGUGUAAAAUAAGAAACUCUAUUAUUGAUAAUAUUACAAAUUUAGAAUUAAAAGAUCUAAUAAAAGAUUUUAAUAAUGAACAAGAAAUAAAUGAUGGUAUCGAAUGUGUAAAUGAGAAAAUAAAUCAAUUAAAUAAUUUUAUUAAUAAAAUAGCUAAAGCAAAAUAUGAAUAUUUUUAUAAAUAUAUUGAUAGAUUAAGUCAUGCUAAGAAAAGAAAAGAAUGGAAUAAUUAUGAUUUGAAACAAAUAGAAAAGACAUAUAACAAAAAUUAUGAAUCAUUAAUAGAUAAACAAAAUGAUGUAUUUGCUUUAAUUAAAGAAAAGAAAUUUUUAAUUGAAAUAGAAAAAGUAUUAAAACUAUAUAAAAUAAUAAAUUAUGAAAUCACAAUUUUAUAUAAUGAAAUAAGAAAAGAUAAUAAAAAAUAUGAUUCUUUUGAUUUUUUAUAUAAUAAAGAAGAAUCCGAUAUAGAAGAAUGUCGAAAUGAAUAUAUUAAAAUAAUAGAAAUCGAUGAAGAGAAUUUUAAUUUUUUCACUAGUGAUAUGUAUUUUUAUAAUUUCUUCAAAUAUUUAAAAAAAUUAAAUAAUUUAAGAAAAUGUAUUGAUUACAACAAUCUUCAAAAUAUACCUAUUAUCUCUUAUGAAGUAAAAAAAAUUAAUUAUUGUGAAAUGUAUAUUAUUAGUAUAUUCAUUAAUUAUUUAUAUCAUAAUUUUUUUCAAGAUGAAAAUUAUGAAGAAAAGGUUCAAGUGUGUCUUAAAGCUUUUAUUUUUUUAAGUAUAGAAAAACAAUGUAUAAAUAAAAUUAUACAGAAAAAAAUUAACAAAAUUUCUUCCUAUAUUAAUAAUAUAAAAAAAAAGGAAAAUAUUAAAGAAAAUUUUUAUCUUCUUUUGGAAAAUUGUAAAAAUUGUAUUGAUCAAAUUUAUUAUAUGAAUCAAAUGUUGAAAAGGCAAAACACUUAUUUUUUACAUGUACAAACUAAAAAAAAAAUGUAUAAAACAGAAACACAAAAGGAAGGAUUUUCUGAUAAUGAAUAUUAUAAACGUUAUAAUAUAAAUGACAAUGAGAAUGAUAAUGACAAAGAUAUUCAGAAGGAUACUACUAAUGAGGGUUAUGAAAAAAAUGUAUAUGAAGGUAAUAAUAUAUAUGAAUAUAAUAUAAAUAUAUAUAAUGAUUUUUAUAUACCCGUUGUAAAUAUUUUAAAAGAUAUUAAAUUAAAUGAAUAUAUUCCAAAAGACAACAUGUUAUAUAUUUUAAAUUUAAUUGAAGAAUUUUUAUAUAUUAUUAGAAAUAAAUAUGAUUUUAAUGAACUUGAAAAAGAUAUACUACUAAAUUUAUUUAAUAAAGAAUAUGAAGAAAUUACAUUUAAUUCCAUUAAUAAACUAGCCAACUUAGUAGAAUUAUUAUUUGAAAAAAAACAUGAUCAAAAUUCAUAUAUGAGAAAUGAUAAUAUAUAUGCUACGGAUAAUUAUGAUUAUCAGUCAUAUAAUUUUCCUACCUUAUCUGAUAUUAAAAAUUAUGUUCUAACCUUAUAUAAAGAAUUAUAUACGCAUAUUUGUUAUCCUCAUAUAUUUCGUAAAAUAAUCGUUUCAUGUAACAAUUCUUUAUUAUUAUUAAGUAACAAUUUGAAUAAUUUAAAACAAAAUAUUAAUUUAAAUAUAGAUAUUGAUAUGAAUACAAAAUAUAUAAAUAUUAAUUAUGCUCAUAAACCAUUUCAAUAUAAUUUGGAGUUAUUCUUAACCUCAAGAAAACUCUUGAGAUAUCUAUUUAUUAAUUUAAAUAAAUUAAAAAGAAAAAUAAAUCGUAUAAAAAAAAAUACAUACAAAAAUUUUAAAGAUUAUAAAAAUUCUGAACAUGUUCAGGAAAAUGAACAGCUAGCUAAUUUUGUUCAUAAUAAAAUAGAGGAAAAUAAUGAAACAAAGGAGGAUUUAAUUGUAUUAUCUUUUAAUGAAUCAUUUGAAGAUUUGUUUAGAUUCCAAGAUCAUUUGGACAAUUAUUUUACAAAUGAAUUAUUGCAUAUGGAGAAUGAAAAUGAUGAAAUGGAUAAUAAUUAUGAUGAUAUAGAUUAUUUUUUAAAACAUGAUGAACAAAAUAAAGUAGAUCAGGAUGAAGGAGAAAAAAAAAAGGAAAGAGAUAUAUUGCAGAACAAAAUUGAUGAUAUAGAGAAAAAAUAUAGUGUUAAAGAUGAAGAAAUGAAAUUAAAUAAUUUUGAAAUUAAUUUUAUUGCAGAUAUAAACUUUAAUUCGUUUAAUUUAAAUGAUAUAUAUGAUUUAUAUACAAGUAAUGAAAAUUAUGAAAUAACAUCUUUUUUUAUUAAAGAAAAAAACAAAAGAAAACAUUUUUAUGAUUUAAUAGAAUUAGAAAAAGGAAUAUGUGAAUUAAAUCAUGCAGUGAAUUCAUGUAUAUAUGAAUAUUUUGAAUAUUUCGAAAAAAAAACAUAUGUAUAUUUAAAAAAUAAUUUUUCAAUUUUAAAUAUAGAUGAUAUAUAUUUAUUAUUUGAUGAAUUGUGUAAUUAUUUUUAUGAAAGUAUCGUUCAACAUAUUCCUUAUUAUGAAAGAAUUCAGUUGGUAAAUAAGUUAAUUAAUCGUAUAUUGGUAUACUUAAUAUCUUUGUCUUCAUAUUAUAUGAUUGAUAAUAUGGAUACAUAUAUAUUUAAAUAUUAUAAUUCACUUUUAAAAAUAGCAUCAGUAGAAAGCUUAAGUGUUUUAAAUUAUGAAUAUAAACUUUGUCAACUUUAUAAAAAGGCUAUUGAUAUAAAAAAUAGGAUGGUAUCCUAUGAAAAUAUUCCUACAUUUUUUGUUCCCAUUAUAUUUGUCAUACUCCAUGGUGGAAAAAAUAUUGUUAAUAAUUUAAACAUAUCAGAAGAAAAGUUUAUCAACCUAAUUGUCGAUCAUUUGAAGAAUCCUAUAAAUUCAGUUGACAAAAACGUUAGCACAAAUCAAAACUUAGUUUCUAUGCUAAGCAAAUAUUCAAAAAGUUUGUUAUUCCAAAAAGGAUAA